AGCAAGCGGCCUGAGCCCGUUAUCUUUGGCGCUCCUCAGAAGGAGUGUUGCUACGGAAGGGCAAGGGAUGGCGGCUAAAGCCUCAAGAUUUCCUUUUGGCUUCUUGGGAGAGAAAUGUCUAGGAUUCAAGGAAAAGGGUUAAGUGGGAAGAAUCCCAGGAGAAACUCCGAACUCGCGACGGUUGGUAAACCGGACCCAACCGGUUGGGUUGAGAGGCGAGGCUGAAGUUAACGGCUUCCCGAUCUAGCCCGCCCCCUUCCCUUACGCUGAUUGGUAGCUGCAGGCGUCGCCAGCUGAUUGGCCGAACUAACGCCGCGCGUAAUUUAAAAUACUUAUCGAUGAGAAAGCUGUACCUCGUGGGCGGAGUUGAGCUCUCGGGCUGCGAAAGUCUGUGUUCGGCAGCCGGGGGUGAGUGGGCCAGUACCCGAGGAGAAGCAAGUGUCCCGUCUCCGGCGUACGGUGGGCCCUGGGGUUGGAGGAGCCUAGGGGUCCUGACACCACCGCCACAGCAGCAGCGCCAGAGGAACCCUCUUGGAGCGUUGCCUUCUGCGUUUGGAACCAGAUAGCUGCUGUUGAUUCCCGUCCGUGUUCAGAAAUGCCGCCUCAAACUGAAAUAAUUGACUCGUUCUCUCCUUCCCUUAUGCUUUGCAUAACUGGAGGGAAAAGGGAGUAGUAAUUCAGUCAGCAGGACCGGCUGUCCUGGGGCAAGGGAAUUGUUUCUUAUCUAGAAUUUUCAACCCCUCCUGUCCCUUACUGCUACGGACCCCAACCUCCGGGUUGCGGACCGAUACCGGUCCGCCGCCUGUUAGGGACUGAGCCACAGAGCUCAGCGCUACCCCGCCCCUCCUCGGCCGUCCGUGGAAAGAUUGUCUUCCAUGAAACCGGUCCCUGGUGCCAAAAAGUUUGGGGGCCACUGCUUUAUGGUUCUUCUCCCUGCCCACUCUUGUCUCUUUUUAGAUCUGGGCUUCCCCUGCCGUUAUGUCACAAGGGAUCCUUUCUCCGCCAGCCGGCUUGCUGUCGGAUGAGGAUGUCGUAGUCUCCCCCAUGUUUGAGUCCACAGCUGCAGAUUUGGGGUCUGUGAUACGCAAGGACCUACUGUCAGACUGCUCUGUCAUCUCCGCCUCCCUGGAGGACAAGCACCAGGUUACAUCUGAGGACAGUACAGAGAAGGUGAAAGUAUACCUGAGGGUCAGACCCUUGUUACCUUUAGAGUUGGAACGACAGGAGGAUCAGGGUUGUGUCCGUAUUGAGAAUGUGGAGACGCUUAUUCUACAAGCACCCAAGGAUUCCUUUGCCCUGAAGAGCAAUGAGCGGGGAAUUGGUCAAGCCACUCACAGGUUUACCUUUUCCCAGAUCUUUGGGCCAGAAGUGGGACAAGCAUCCUUCUUCAACCUGACCGUGAAGGAGAUGGUAAAGGAUGUACUCAAAGGGCAGAACUGGCUCAUCUAUACAUAUGGAGUCACCAACUCCGGGAAAACCCAUACAAUUCAAGGUACCAUCAAGGAUGGAGGGAUUCUUCCACGGUCCCUGGCUCUGAUCUUCAAUAGCCUCCAAGGCCAACUUCAUCCAACACCUGAUCUGAAGCCAGUACUCUCCAAUGAGGUGAUCUGGCUAGACAGCAAGCAGAUGCGACAAGAGGAAAUCAAGAAGCUUUCUUUGCUAAAUGGAGGCCUCCAAGAGGUAAAAUGUUGGUAUCCAUGGAGGCAGAGGCAGGAGGUACAAACGUCAGGAAAGUCUUGUGCUUACCUUCUCCCUGUGCUCCUCCAGGAGGAGCUGUCCACUUCCUUGAAGAGGAGUGUCUACAUUGAAAGUCGGAUGGGUACCAGCACCAGCUUUGACAGUGGCAUUGCUGGGCUCUCUUCCACCAGUCAGUUUACCAGCGGUAGCCAGCUGGAUGAAACAAGUCACCAAUGGGCACAGCCAGACACUGCCCCAGUAAGUGUACCAGCAGACAUUCGCUUCUCUAUCUGGAUCUCCUUCUUUGAGAUCUACAAUGAACUGCUUUAUGACCUGUUAGAACCACCUAGCCAGCAGCGCAAGAGGCAGACUCUGCGACUAUGCGAGGAUCAAAAUGGCAACCCCUACGUGAAAGAUCUCAAUUGGAUUCAUGUUCAAGAUGCUGAGGAGGCUUGGAAACUCCUGAAAGUGGGUCGUAAGAACCAGAGCUUUGCCAGCACCCACCUGAACCAGAACUCCAGCCGAAGUCAUAGCAUCUUCUCAAUCCGGAUCCUGCACCUUCAGGGGGAAGGGGAUAUAGUCCCUAAGAUCAGCGAGUUGUCACUCUGUGAUCUGGCUGGCUCAGAGCGCUGCAAAGAUCAGAAGAGUGGUGAACGGCUGAAGGAAGCAGGAAACAUUAACACUUCUCUGCAUACCCUGGGCCGCUGUAUUGCUGCCCUGCGCCAAAACCAGCAGAACCGGUCAAAGCAGAACCUGGUUCCCUUCCGUGACAGCAAGUUGACUCGAGUGUUCCAAGGCUUCUUCACAGGCCGAGGCCGUUCCUGCAUGAUUGUCAAUGUGAAUCCCUGUGCAUCUACCUAUGAUGAGACUCUUCAUGUGGCCAAGUUCUCAGCCAUUGCUAGCCAGCUUGUGCAUGCCCCACCUGUGCAACUAGGGUUCCCAUCCCUGCAUUCAUUCAUCAAGGAACAUAGUCUUCGGGCAUCCCCCAGCUUAGAGAAAGGGGCUAAGGCAGACCCAGGCCUUGAUGAUGACAUUGAAAAUGAAGCUGACAUCUCCAUGUAUAGCAAGGAGGAGCUCCUACAGGUGGUAGAAGCCAUGAAAGCACUGCUCUUGAAAGAACGACAGGAAAAGUUGCAGCUGGAGAUGCAGCUCCGUGAAGAAAUUUGCAAUGAGAUGGUGGAACAGAUGCAACAACGGGAACAGUGGUGCAGUGAACAUUUGGACACCCAAAAGGAACUACUGGAGGAAAUGUAUGAAGAGAAACUAAAGAUCCUCAAGGAGUCACUGACAAGUUUUUACCAAGAAGAGAUUCAGGAGCGGGAUGAAAAGAUUGAAGAGCUAGAAGCUCUCUUGCAGGAAGCCAGACAGCAGCCAGUGGCCCAUCAGCAAUCAGGGUCUGAAUUGUCCCUACGACGGUCACAAAGGUUGGCAGCUUCUGCCUCUACCCAGCAGCUCCAGGACGUUAAAGCUAAACUACAACAGUGCAAAGCAGAGCUAAACUCCACCACUGAAGAGCUGCAGAAGUAUCAGAAAAUGUUGGAACCACCACCCUCAGCCAAGCCCUUCACCAUUGAUGUGGACAAGAAGUUAGAGGAGGGCCAGAAGAAUAUAAGGCUGCUUCGGACAGAACUUCAGAAACUUGGUGAAUCUCUCCAAGCAGCAGAAAGAGCCUGUUGCCACAGCACUGGGGCAGGAAAACUUCGUCAAGCCUUGACCACUUGUGAUGACAUCUUAAUCAAACAGGACCAGACCCUGGCUGAGCUGCAGAAUAACAUGAUGCUAGUGAAACUAGACCUUCGGAAGAAGGCAGCAUGCAUUGCUGAGCAGUAUCAUACAGUGCUAAAACUCCAAGGCCAGGCUUCUGCCAAAAAGCGCCUUGGUGCCAACCAGGAAAACCAGCAACCAAACCAGCAACCCCCAGGGAAGAAACCAUUCCUUCGAAACUUACUUCCCCGGACACCUACCUGCCAAAGCUCGACAGACUGCAGCCCUUAUGCACGGAUCCUACGCUCGAGGCACUCUCCUUUACUUAGAUCUGGGCCUUUUGGCAAAAAAUACUAAGGCUGUAGGGAAGGAGAAGAGCAGUCAUUGCCCUGAGGUGGGUCAGCUUGAGGUGUUUCACCUUAAGAAACAGGUGUCUUUUAAGCUUUACCAUAUACCUGGAACUCUACCCAGAAUGCAAUACUCAGACACUAGUUGUUUUUUCUCUUCUGUAUUAUAAUCACCUAUGUAAUCUCAUGUUUUUUUACUUACGUGGUUUCUAUGCACACAAGAAAGUUAUAUUAAAGAUAUUAUUGUUCACUUUU